AACGUCGCUUCCGUUGUAAAGUUCACACUUCAUGCGUUUGUUUGCAGCAAGCAUCAGUCGGGUGUUGGACUUCAGAGACAGUCGGAGCGGUCGUGAACAGGCGGCAGAAACCUUUGGACACAUUGGUUGGGACUGAGUAUCCAGGGAAGGAUGAUGGAAAAACGCUACGAUCCCAAUGACAGCACCCUGAAGUUUGUACAGAGAAAGGACGCGAUCACAGGUGAUGAUGACCUAAGUGUUCUCAGAGUGGAGAUGUCCUGUCGACAUGCUGUGGACCCCACAUCACUGACCGGAUGGUGCCGUAGCCUGAUAGAUUCUGGUCAUUUCACAUUCCACUGCCCUGGUAAAAAGGAUGGAACAGAAGAAAAGUGCAACAAGGAAUGGCCCUAUGUGGAGGUUCGCAGGCAUGCGUUGCUGGAUAACGAUGAACAGAAGUAUUUUGAAGAGAAGGUUGCCUUACUCGCUGCGGCAAAGUACUGUGAAAUCAGCACGUGCCCUGGAUGCCAGACUUGUGUCGAGCGAAAAGAUCUGACAAAUCUUUCAGUGAGAUGUUCCAUUUGUACAGCGCAAAAUGGAAGCUGCUACGAAUUUUGCUGGCAAUGUUCGAAGCAAUGGAAGGGCCGAGCACCCCGUUCUGAUCGAUGCGACAAUGAAGGAUGCACAAACAUUCAGUUGGACGCCCUUAACAACUGUGACAUGAAAACUUUAUCCUACAGUAACAUCCAAUGCCCUAAAUUCCGCGCUUGUCCCACAUGUGGGAUUAUUAUAGAGCAUAAGGAUAUGUGCAAGUAUAUCCUGUGCUCCAGGUGUCAUGUGGAGUUUUGCUUUGCUUGUCUUAAGACCAAAGCAGUUUGUGAAAGAUCAUCUAACUAUUCUGCUACUUGUGCUAAUCCUGUGGCCCCGAGGCAAACAAGUAUUCCCACAUGGACUCGCACUACAAAUACAAGUAUUCUUGAGAUGAAUCGCAUACUGAAUAUGUUCUCAGAAAAUACCAAUGAUGAUGACGAUGAUGAUGAUGAUGAUGAUGAUGAUGAUAUUGAUGAUGGUGAUGAUGAUGAUGAUCUCUACCAAUAAUGAGAAUCCGUGUACAAUUUUGUAAAACAAGAAUCUGAUUGCGCAAAAACAUAAUAAAUGACACAUUGCCAUUAAGCAAAAUAUUGAUCAUUGCUGACCUUAUUUUGAUGAUACAAAUUGCUUAUACUGCUAAAAGAUUAAUUUUGUAUGGCAAUAACACAAUAUAACAUCCCACAACAAAUAUGAUCACCUCAAUUUUAAUUUCAAUUUGUAUCCAUCAUAAUGUUAACUCUCAAUUAAUGUGGCAUUUAAUUUGAAUAUCUGGUUAAAUUUAAGGUAACAUCAAAACCAACUCAUAUUUCAUUAUGGAUGUGGGUGAAUCUUUAAACCUCUGGGGUGAUGGUUUGAACAACUGAAUUAUUUUGACAUUUUUAUUUUAAAAUUCAUUUCUUAAAUAUGUGAAUGAAUUAUGCAAAAUUCAUUGUAUUUUUUCCGUCAAUUUAAAGAUUUAAUUUCACAUUCAAAAGAAUGGACAGGAAAUUAUUGUUUAAAUAUUGAUAAAUCAGCUGCCUGUGCACUGUUUUAACCUGUAGAAUGCAUACUGGUAUUGGUUUGUGUGGCUCGGACAGGGUUUUUCUUUUAUGUUUGUUAUGUUAUUCAUGUUAUACCAACUCUUUAAUGUUUGAUUUCUUCAAAUAAAAUGACCAGACGUUUGGCACAAGAAUUCUGCAUGUUUGUAUUAAAAAUGUACAAAAUGUCUCUCGUGACACAGAAUAAAUGGGCAACAAUUAGAUGUGAAACAAUUAGAAGCUAUUUCCAAAAUCCAAUACCUACCUGAGAAAAAGAAGUUGUUAGUUUUUGUAUAACUUUCUUUUAAUACUGUUUAACGAGCAUCCAUAACAUCUCUAUAAUAUCUGUGGAAGUCACAGAAAUAUCACGGUCUUCAUAUACAGAGUUCACACAUACGUGUAUGAGUCAUUUAUAUUAGGAGCAGGUGUAGCCCGUUGAUCAGCUCCACUACUAAAGACUGGUUGAUUUGAUUGUAAACUCCACAUUUCCAUCUACGAACAGUUAACUUUCACUCCCUCACUAUUGAAGAAUCGUUCAACCACUGCCCUAACCCAACCACUUCACUUCCACUAUUCUUUGGGGAAACAUUCCAAAGACUGGCAAGCAUCUGCUAGAAGAAAUAAAACAAUAUCUUUGUCUUAUCAAAUGUCUUUGAUAAAUAGAAGUAGGUAAAGGAAGUUAAUUGAUUGGGAUUUUAGAUCUGCAGAAUUACUCUGGACAAAAUGAAUAGAAUUUUAGGGAAGAUUCAAACAAGAGGACAUGACUUCAGAAUUAAGGGACAGAAGUUUAGGGGUAAUAUGAGGGGGAACUUCUUUACUCAGAGAGUGGUAGCGGUGUGGAAUGAGCUUCCAGUGGAAGUGGUGGAGGCAGGUUCAUUGGUGUCAUUUAAAAAUAAAUUGGAUAGGCAUAUGGAUGAGAAGGGAAUGGAGGGUUAUGGUAUGAGUGCAGGCAGGUGGGACUAAGGGGAAAAAAAAUUUGUUGGCACGGACUUGUAGGGCCGAGAUGGCCUGUUUCCGUGCUGUAAUUGUUAUAUGGUUAAUUAAGAAUUUAUUUGAAUUAUAAUUUAGCUAAUUGUAGUUAUUUACAGACACACCUUGAUUUAUGCAAUAAGCGACUGAUGUAAACUUGUACUUACGUAAACAAUUCUGUACUCAGUACCUCCUGCGGUCAAGGGGUAACUUCAACAACACUGUACGAUCACUGAGAUUUACAUUAGAAACAAGGUGGCAAUGGCGGCAGUGCUUACCCAGAAGGCCAUGCACUGCAGAAAGUGCCCUACGGUGAUUCCAUCAGAAGUAAAAUCUGACUUAUGUAAAGGUUGACAGAACGUUACCCUAACUUAAAGCGGGCAGUGUUUGUACAUGUCCUUGUACUGAACAUUUAAAUAUGUAUUGUAUAGACUUUGGAAACCAUAUGUUGUGAUUAUGUUGGUGGGGAUUUAAUCAGAAUGUUAUUGUGGAAUUAUAUUAAAUUACACAUUGGAAGAUAUAUGAGAAGUAAUCAUUUGUGAUCAAUAUCAUUGUAAUAUCUUUAAUAACCAAACUUUAAACAAUAUUUUAAACAAAUAAUUAUUCAGUUGCCUGGGAAGUUGUUCACACAAGGGGGCAUCGUCCAGGUGGGUAUGGCUGCCCUGCCUGCAGCUGUCCGCCCUUUCACUUCCUUUUUUUAAUAUUUAGUACAUUAAGAAGUGUUGUUUGGAGGUCUAUUCUUAGUAUUUCUCAGUCCCUACCUUGUCGGAGAGGCGGCUUUCCUCCGAGCAGCAUCUCUGAGAAAAGCCGCGGGCUGCGGCGUUAACUUUAACAUUGGCAGCCUGGGAUCUUUCGCUGAGAUCGCCAGUGGUGGAGCUCCAUCCAGCGCGGCCUGUCGGCUUCUGAAGCCGUGGUCUCCGGUAAGGAUGUGGCCGUUCCAGGCAUCCCAAGCCGCUGAGAAGGUUCUCCCGACGACGGGGCACCAUCACCUGGUGAGAAGGGCCUGGAACAUCGGGCCCCGUAGCGGCGACUGCGGAGGCCUCAAUAGGCCCGACUAUGGGUGGACAACGGAAUGGGGACUGCACUUUGACCCUUCACUCACAGUGGGAACUAUUGUGGGGGGAUGUUUUAUGUUUUAUGUUAAAUUCUUCUUUAAUGUUGUGUUGUAUUCUUAUUAGUGUUCUGCAAUGGCAACGUGAAUUUCACGACACCAAUUGGUGUAUGUGACAAUAAAUGAACCUCUGAACUACACUUCGCUUUGUAUGUUCUAUGAUUCAAUUUCAAUAAAAUACAAAAUGGAAUGAAAAAUGAAGUCAUUAACAUAGUGUACUGCUAAACCUGAG